CCUCGGGCCCGGCUCUGCGCAUGCGGCCAAAGGGCCGGAUCGAUGUCGGUGGCGCCACCGCAGCUUCCGGGAAGAUGGCGACGUGGAGAGCGGUGCUGGUGGCAGCUGCCCGCGCUCCUCUGAGGGGGCGGCUCGCCGGGCUGCGGCUCCCUCGCAGCCAGCGGCGCCUGCCCAGCUGGAGGGUCGCCGCCGCAGCCGUGGUCUGGGGAGGCUCCCUGGCGGCGUGUUACAGCGGGCGGACGGGCGUGUUCACCAUGGUCCUGGCUCAGAAGGAAGAUGCCAUUAAUGUGGAAAUGGAUGAAAGACUGUCUCUUCGGAAGCAUCGCUUCAUGCGUUUUGCAUCAUUGGAAUAUGAAGGAGAGUAUUACAUGACACCAAGAGAUUUCUUGUUGUCAGUAAUGUUUGAUCAAGUUGAACGUAAAGCCUCAGCCAAGAAACUGACAAAAAAGGAGGUAGAUGCUGCACUGCUAUAUGUUACCAAAGCUAAACCGGGACCGACCUUUUUUAGAGAGCUUGGUGAUAAAGGGUUGAUAUCUUAUGCAGAGUACCUAUUUUUGCUGACAAUCCUUACAAAACCCCAGACUGGAUUUCAGAUUGCCUUUAAAAUGUUGGAUGCAGAUGGCAAUGAACAAGUUGAAAAGAAAGAAUUCUUUAAGCUACAGAGAAUCAUUGGGAAGGAAGAUGAUUUGAAAACAGCUGGAGAUGAAACAAUAUUUCAGGAAGCAGAAGUGGAAAGCUGUGGUGUUAAUACCAUGUUGCUGGUACAUUUCUUUGGAAAAGAAGGAAAGGAAAAACUUCGCUACUCUGAGUUUUUCAGAUUCAUGGAAAAUCUGCAAACAGAAGUUCAAGAAAUGGAAUUCAUACAGUUUUCAAAGGGUUUGAACGUCAUGAGAAAAGAAGACUUUGCAGAAUGGUUACUCUACUUCACUGAUGAAGAAAACAAUGAAAUUUACUGGCAGAAUGUGAAAGAAAGAAUUGAGGCAGGAGAGAAUAUCAGUUUGGAAGAAUUCAAGACUUUUUGCAAGUUUACAAAUAACCUGGAAGACUUUUCUAUUGCCAUGCAGAUGUUUACUGUAGCCAAUCUUCCUGUUAAACGGGCUGAGUUCAAGAGAGCAGUGAAGGUGGCAACAGGACAGGAGCUCUCAGAUAAUGUGCUGGAUACCAUCUUCAAGAUUUUUGAUCUAGAUGGAGAUGACUGCCUCAGCCACAGCGAGUUUCUUGGAGUCCUGAGGAAUCGAAUUCAUCGAGGUUUGAGGGUACCGCAGCAGCAAGGCAUUCAAGGUUACUGGAAGUGUGUGAAAAGAGAAAGCAUUAAAGGAGCCAAAGAAUUGUGGAAGCAAACUGGGAAAAGUCCUUUCUAAAGCAGUCUGUUGUUCUUUUGCUAUGAAUGUUGUCAUGUAGAGGAGUUUGUCCCGUUUACAGAACAGCAGAAUCAAAAAUACUUUUUUUUUUUUUUAAUUUACCAGAGUUAAACUUUAAUUUGCCCAGAUUCUAAUGCAGUAAUUUUACAUCAUUCUGGUGCAACCAGUUUGGUUUACAGAACUCUUAUCACUGUUCACCUCCAUGCGGAAGCACUCUUGUUCUAGGAAAUAGCAUUGUUUACUCUUCUGUGGAGUCUGACCCUGCACUGUAGCAUACAGGAUAUGCAGGAUUUAACAGUGGCCAAUGGCAGGAACAUCACAGCACUCUUCCUGUUGGAAGUUAGUUGCUCAGUUAGCAACUAGUACAGCAGUUCUCUUUCUCUGGCAAGGACAGAGGUCCAAAGGGCAAAAUCACUGGCUCAAUCCGUGCAAAUCACAUUACCCUAAAUCAAAAAAGAAAAUUCACACGGUUUGUGCCCUCAUUACUGUGAACUGCUCAUGUGCUAGUAGAUGAUUCCACCAGAUCCUGUCUGGUUUGUCUACCUUCAUGAUGAUAAUAUUAAACUGGAAAUACAAGAUUGUUGAUACAGAUUUUAAAAGUUGUACAUUGAUCUAUGAAUGUGCAUUGAGUUUCUCAGACCUCUUCAAGAAGUAGCAUAAAUGAGAAGCACAAAUCCUCAUUCUGUCAUGAAUAGCAGUAGCUACAAUUUGAGUCGUAACUAUUUUGCUGUAAUUGUAUUGCAGAGGGUGAAUGUGUAACAAAUAGUUGCUUUAUCUUACUAAAGGUUGUGACAGGGAAUGCUGCAGUAUCUCAGGAGUUCAAGGUUCUAAUAAGCAAGUGUUGGGGAAGUAAGUUGUCCAAUGAAAAAGUAAAUACAAGUGUUUAUUACUCCCAAAUGCAAAGUUAGACAUUGGAUUUUAAACAGUAAGACAAGGAACAGAUCAAAAUUAAUAUGUAGUAAUUAAAGAUUAGCAUUUUUUUAGCUAUGCAUUCUAUGCAUAGAAUCACAGAAUAUCAGGUUGGAAGGGACUGCAGGAAUCUUCUGGUCCAACCUUUCUUGGCAAAGCAUGACCUAGACUGGGUGUGUCAGCACCCUGUUCAGCUGAACCUUAAAAGUGUCCAAUGUUGGGGAAUCCACCAUUCCUGGAGAGAUUAUUCCAAUGGUUGGUUGCAUAUAUGUAUACAUAGGUAUGCAUGUUACUUUUUUUUUUUCUUUCUUACAACCUUAGGAGCCAAUAAUCCCAAGUCCAGAUCAGUCUUCGUAGUUGGCAACUAUAUACAGGAGACAGAUGUAUUUGUAAAGCUGUCAAGGUUCUUUCUCUUUCCCUCUCUCAGCUGUCUAACUUGUCUUGGCUGGGCUGAAAGCUUAACCUUUCAAGACAGGUUUGUGAUAAUAGACUCAAAAGAUGGACUAGGGAAAUGUCUCAAGAAAAACAAGCAGGAAAUCUCACCACUGUGAGAAAUAUCCAUCCCUUUUAAGCAUGAUACGAGCUAUGUUACCCUCAAAGCUCAACAGGAGGUAUUUUGUUGUAAUUUCUUUGUGUUUUGGUGGGGGAAGUCUUGAGAAGAGGGGAGCAGCCCUCACUCAGAGGAAGGACAGGAGAAGCUGCAUUAGGAAGCCGUAAAGAUCCCACUUAAGGAGUACUGAGAUCAGAGAAUGUAUUUAAUGUAUUUGGUAUGUUGGUAGCUGGCAGGCAGGCUUUUGCUGAGGAGGAGUACUACUCCCGAACUUUGGUGUGGUGGUCUCUCAUAGGGAAAUAGAGUGAGAAGCUGGCAAAACUGCUCUUCCCUUCACAGCCUUCCCUUGGAGCUUUAAUUUAAAUUGUGUUAAAGAAAAAAUGCUGGUAUUCUUGUCAUCUGUCAGUGUCAACCACCAGAACGAGAGCAUGCCUAUGAGGGCAUCCUGAGACUGUCCAGAAGAUCAGGCACCACUGACCACCAUCUAGGAAACAAUCCAAAUUAAAUACAAUGCAGUAGACACCCCAUCCUCCCCCCGCAAGCUGAACUAACUCAUGCUCUAUGAGCAACAAGGAAUUAAUAGCUGUUUUACUUUGUGUGUUUGGAAGGUGCUUGCUUCUUCUGGUAAUGGGAGCUGUGACUGGGAGAUACCUAAUGGGAGCAAGGGUGGAGCAGCAGGACUGGCAUCAAAGUAUUGAUGCUUUGCAUCACCAAAUAAUAA